AUGGUGAGAGCUCUAUUCAAUCCAAAUUUAGUUCAAAAGAUUUUAAAACUACAAGUUUCUGUAUAUUCUGAAGACUCUUUGUAUUGGAGUCAUGAAAAGAAUGGAAGUUUUUCUGUUAAGAGUGUUUAUCGAAAUCUUCAACAGAAUCAACAUCUUUCAAAUGGGCAGUCUUCUAGUGGCAGAUCUGAGGCUGUGUUUUGGAAGUCAUUAUGGCAUCUGAAACUUCCUAAAAAGAUGAAGGUUUUUGCAUGGAGAGUGUGUCAGGAGAAGCUUCCAACCUACCUAAAUCUGAAGAAGAAACAUGUAUUGGAUGAUGCUACCUGUGUGCUAUGUAAUCAAGCCCGUGUAAGAGGGUCCGAUUCUCUGUUGGCCAGAUUUGUAGCUAUAACAUGGGGCCUUUGGGAUAGAAGGAAUAAAAGGAUUUAUGAGAAUAUUUCUAUGCAUAUUCAUGUGACUGUUAAUAAUGCUCUUUCUUUACAACAAGAAUAUGCACAGGUGGAGUUGUUUGAUGUUUCAAAUCAGAAGAUUACUAAGGUAGUAAGAUGGCAUCCUCCUCCAAAUGAUUUUCUGAAACUGAAUAUUGAUGGGGCCACUUUUCCUGAACAUUCUAUUGUCGGGAUUGGGGUGGUGUUGCGGGAUCAGUAUGGUGAGGUUGUCGUGGCUUGUUCUAAGGUAGAGAAAGAGGUAUCUUUUGUUGAGUUCAUUGAGGCAGUUGCACUUCUUAGAGGGUUACAGCUGUGUGCUCAAUGGGGUGUCCCAAAAAUUAUGCUUGAAACCGAUUGUUUGGUUUUGGUUAAUGCUUUGAAUGAAAAUUCUGUAUGUUUAACAGAUUUUGCAUUUAUUCUUCAAGACAUACAAAGGCUUAUGGAGGGAUUUCAAGAAGUUAAACUUGUGCAUGUCAACCGUUUACGUAAUUUGGUGGCUUAUUUUUUGGCAAGACAUACUUGGUUGAUUGAUGAUAUUUGUAUGUGGUGGGAUUAUUGUCUUUCUUUUGUUAAUCAAGCUUUAUGGCUUGAUAAACUUGCUAUUUGUAAGGAUAUUUUAUUUGAAUGA